AAACCAACAACUGCUGCAACUGGAGUUACCACCAAACCUACAACUGCUGCAACUGGAGCUACCACCAAACCUACAACUGCUGCAACUGGUGUAACUACCAAACCAACAACUGCUGCAACUGGUAUAACAACUAAACCUACAACUCCUGCAACUGGUGUAACAACUAAACCUACAACUGCUGCAACUGGAGUAACUACCAAACCAACAACUGCUGCAACUGGUGUGGCAACUAAACCUACAACUGCUGCAACUGGUGUAACAACUAAACCUACAACUCCUGCAACUGGUGUAACAACUAAACCUACAACUCCUGCAACUGGUGUAACAACUAAACCUACAACUCCUGCAACUGGUGUAACAACUAAACCUACAACUGUUGCAACUGGAGUUACCAGCAAACCUACAACUGUUGCAACUGGAGUAACUACGAAACCAACAACUGGAGUAACUAGGAAACCAGCAACUGGAGUAACGACCAAACCUACAACUGCUGCAACUGGAGUAACUACCAAACCAACAACUUCUGAAACUGGAGUAACUACCAAACCAACAACUCCUGCAACUGGUGUAACAGCUAAACCUACAACUGUUGCAACUGGUGUAACAACUAAAUCUACAACCGUUGCAACUGGAGUUACCAGCAAAUCUACAACUGUUGCAACUGGAGUAACUACCAAACCAACAACUGGAAUAACAACCAAACCUACAACUGCUGCAACUGGAGUUACAACUAAACCAACAACUGCUGCAACUGGUGUAACAACUAAACCUACAACUGUUGUUACUGGUGUUACUACGAAACCAGCAACUGGGGUAACAACCAAACCUACAACUGCUGCAACUGGAGUUACUACUAAACCUACAACUGCUACAACUAGAGUUACCACAAAACCUGCAACGGGUGUAGUAACAAAACCAACAACUGCUGCGACUCGAUUAGUGACAAAACCGACGACUGCUGAAACUGAAGUAGUGUCCAGUGUUAAAUCAAAACAUACAACUGGUGUUCCUGGUAUUGUUACGAAAUUGACAUCUGCUGCACCUGGUGUGAUCACUGCUUCGACUGCUGCAACUGUAAAAAUAACAACUCCUGCAACUGGAAUUACCACGAAACCUGCAACUGGAGUAACCACCAAACCUACAACUGCUAAAACUGGGGUAAAAACCAAACCUAAAACUGCUGCAACUGGUGUUACUACGAAACCAAUAACGGUUGCAACUGGGGUAACUACUAAACCUGUAACUGAAGUAACCACCAAACCUACAACGGCUGCAAUUAGAGUAACCACCAAACCAACAACUGCUGCAACUGGUGUCACGACAAAACCUACAACUCUUCAAACUGGUGUGCCUGGCAUUGUUACGAAAUUGACAUCUGCUGCACCUGGUGUGAUCACUGCUUCGACUGCUCCUACUGUAAAAAUAACAACUGCUGUAACGGAAGUUGCUAGCAAACCAGUAACUGGAUUGACGACCAAACCUGCAACCGUAGCAACUGGAGUGACGGCGCAACCUACAACUGCAACAACCGGAAUGACAACAGAAUUCGCCGUCAUAACAGGCGCGGUUACAGGAGCAACCUCUCCCGUCGCUGGGGUAGGGCUUAUAACGACGAAACCGACAACACCAAUGACUACAGAGGCACCCAGGGAAACCACCGGUAUAACCAUAGUAACGACAAAGCAGGCUGGCAUUGGGCCAAGAGUGAUGACAGUGCAAUCGGCGUUUACACCAGGGGCUGCUACACCUGCAGCUGGAGGUGCACAAACAACACCAACAAGUGUUUUAACAGGAGUAACUACGCAACCUGCAGGUGCUGUAACAGGAAUAACACAUAAACCUGCAACUGGAGUAACAACCAAACCUGCAACUGGUGUGCCUGGCAUUGUUACGAAAUUGACAUCUGCUGCACCUGGUGUGAUCACUGCUUCGACUGCUUCUACAGUAAAAAUAACAACUGCUGCAACUGGAGUUACCACCAAACCAACAACUGCUGCAACUGGUGUAACAACUAAACCAACAACUGCUGCAACUAGUGUAACAACUAAAUCAACAACUGCUGCAACUGGAGUUACAACGAAACCUGCAAUUGGAGUAACCACCAAACCUACAACUCCUGCAACUGGUGUAACGACUAAAGCUACAACUGCUGCAACUGGAGUUACCACCAAACCAACAACUGCUGCAACUGGUGUGACAACUAAACCAACAACUGCUGCAACUGGUGUGACAACUAAACCAACAACUGCUGCAACUGGUAUAACAACAAAACCUACAACUCCAUCAACUGGUGUAACGACUAAACCUACAACUGCUGCAACUAGAGUUACCACUAAACCAACAACUACUGCAACUGGUGUGACAACUAAACCAACAACUGCUGCAACUGGAGUUACAACGAAACAUGCAACUGGAGUAACCACCAAACCAACAACUGCUGCAACUGGAGUAACCACCAAACCAACAACUGCUGCAACUGGAGUUACCACCAAACCAACCACUGCUGCAACUGGUGUAACGACUAAACCUACAACUGCUGCAACUGGAGUUACCACCAAACCAACAAGUGCUGCAACUGGUGUGACAACUAAACCAACAACUGCUGCAACUGGUGUAACAACUAAAUCAACAACUGCUCCAACUGGAGUUACCACCAAACCUACCACUGCUGCAACUGGUGUAACGACUAAAGCUACAACUGCUGCAACUGGAGUUACCACGAAACCAACAACUGCUGCAACUGGUGUAACAACUAAACCUACAACUAUUGCAACUGGAGUUACUACCAAACCAACAACUGCUGCAACUGGAGUUACCACCAAACCUACAACUGCUGCAACUGGAGUUACCACCAAACCUACAACUGCUGCAACUGGAGUUAGCACCAAACCUGCAACUGCUGUAACUGCAGUUACAACCAAACCUGCCACUGGAGUUAGCACCAAACCUGUAACUGGAGUAACAACCAAACCUGCAACUGCUGUAACUGGAGUCACAACCAAACCUCCAACUGGAGUAACAACCAAACCAACAACUGCUGCAACUGGAGUAACAACAGGUGUGCCUGGCAUUGUUACGAAAUUGACAUCUGCUGCACCUGGUGUGAUCACUGCUUCGACUGCUCCUAUUGUAAAAAUAACAACUGCUGCAACUGGAGUUACAACGAAACCUGCAACUGGAGUUACCACCCAACCAGCAACUGCUGUAACUGGAGUUACAACCAAACCUGCAACUGGAGUUACCACCAAACCAACAACUGCUGCAACGGGAGUCAUCACCAAACCAACAACUGCUGCAACUGGUGUAACAACUAAAUCAACAACUGCUGCAACUGGAGUUACAACGAAACCUGCAACGGGAGUAACCAUCAAACCAACAACUGCUGCAACUGGAGUAACCACCAAACCAACAACUGCAGCAACUGGAGUAACAACCAAACCUGCAACUGCUCUAACUGGAGUUACCACCAAACCUGCAACUGAAGUGACUACCAAACCAACAACUGCUGCAACUAGAGUAACCACCAAACCAACAACUGCUGCAACUAGAGUAACCACGAAACCAACAACUAUUGUAAGUGGUGUGACAACUAAACCAACAACUGCUGCAACUGGUGUAACAACUAAAUCAACAACUGCUGCAACUAGAAUUACAACAAAACCUGCAACUGGUGUAACGACUAAACCUACAACUGCUGCAACUGGAGUUACCACCAAACAAACAACUGCUGCAACUGGAGUUCCCAGCAAACCUACAACUGCUGCAACUGGAGUUAGCACAAAACCUGCAACUGGAGUAACAACCAAACCUGCAACUGCUGUAACUGGAGUUAAACCCAAACCUGCAACUGGAGUAACCACCAAACCAACAACUGCUGCACCUGGAGUUACCACGAAACCAACCACUCACCAACCUACAACUGCUGCAACUGGAGUUAGCACCAAACCUGCAACUGAAGUAACAACCAAACCUGCAACUGCUGCAACUGGAGUUAGCACAAAACCUGCAACUGGAGUAACAACCAAUCCUGCAACUGCUGUAACUGGAGUUACAACCAAAUUUGCAACUGGAGUUACCACCAAACCAACAACUGCUGCAACUGGAGUUAGCACAAAACCUGCAACCGGAGUAACAACCAAUCCUGCAACUGCUGUAACUGGAGUUACAACCAAAUUUGCAACUGGAGUUAGCACCAAACCUACAACUGCAGCUACUGGAGUUAGCACCAAACCUGCAACUGCUUUAACUGGAGUUGCAACCAAACCUGCAACUGGAGUUACUACCAAACCAACAACUGCUGCAACUGGUGUAAGGACUAAAGCUACAACUGCUGCAACUGGAGUUACCACCAAACCUACAACUCCUGCAACUGGAGUUAGCACAAAACCCGCAACUGGAGUAACAACCAAACCUGCAACUGGAGUAACAACCAAACCUGCAACUGCUGUAACUGGAGUAACAACCAAACCUGCAACUGGAGUAACAACCAAACCUGCAACUGCUGUAACUGGAGUUACAACCAAACCUGCAACUGGAGUAACAACCAAAGCUGCAACUGCAAUAACAACCAAACCUUCAACUGGUGUGCCUGGCAUUGUUACGAAAUUGACAUCUGCCGCACCUGGUGUGAUCACUGCUUCGACUGCUCCUAUUGUAAAAAUAACAACUGCUGCAACUGGAGUUACAACGAAACCUGCAACUGGAGUUACCACCCAACCAGCAACUGCUGUAACUGGAGUUACAACCAAACCUGCAACUGGAGUUACCACCAAACCAACAACUGCUGCAACGGGAGUCAUCACCAAACCAACAACUGCAGCAACUGGAGUAACAACCAAACCUGCAACUGCUCUAACUGGAGUUACCACCAAACCUGCAACUGAAGUGACUACCAAACCAACAACUGCUGCAACUAGAGUAACCACCAAACCAACAACUGCUGCAACUAGAGUAACCACGAAACCAACAACUAUUGUAAGUGGUGUGACAACUAAACCAACAACUGCUGCAACUGGUGUAACAACUAAAUCAACAACUGCUGCAACUGGAGUUACAACCAAACCUGCAACUGGAGUUACCAUCAAACCAACAACUGCUGCAACUGGAGUAACCACCAAACCAACAACUGCAGCAACUGGAGUAACAACCAAACCAACUGCUCUAACUGGAGUUACCACCAAACCUGCAACUGAAGUGACUACCAAACCAACAACUGCUGCAACUAGAGUAACCACCAAACCAACAACUGCUGCAACUAGAGUAACCACGAAACCAACAACUAUUGUAAGUGGUGUGACAACUAAACCAACAACUGCUGCAACUGGUGUAACAACUAAAUCAACAACUGCUGCAACUAGAAUUACAACAAAACCUGCAACUGGUGUAACGACUAAACCUACAACUGCUGCAACUGGAGUUACCACCAAACAAACAACUGCUGCAACUGGAGUUCCCAGCAAACCUACAACUGCUGCAACUGGAGUUAGCACAAAACCUGCAACUGGAGUAACAACCAAACCUGCAACUGCUGUAACUGGAGUUAAACCCAAACCUGCAACUGGAGUAACCACCAAACCAACAACUGCUGCACCUGGAGUUACCACGAAACCAACCACUGUUGCAACUGGUGUAACAACUAAACCUACAACUGCUGCAACUGGAGUUACAACAAAACCUGCAACUGGUGUAACGACUAAACCUACAACUGCUGCAACUGGAGUUACCACCAAACCAACAACUGCUGCAACUGGUGUAACAACUAAGCCAACAACUGCUGUAACUGGUGUAACAACUAUAUCAACAACUGCUGCAACUGGAGUUACAACGAAACCUGCAACUGGAGUAACCGCGAAACCAACAACUAUUGUAACUGGUGUGACAACUAAACCAACAACUGCUGCAACUAGUGUAACAACGAAAUCAACAACUGCUGCAACUGGAGUUACAACAAAACCUACAACUGGUGUAACGACUAAACCUACAACUGCUGCAACUGGAGUUACCACCAAACCAACAACUGCUGCAACUGGAGUUACCAGCAAACCUACAACUGCUGCAACUGGAGUUAGCACAAAACCUGCAACUGGAGUAACAACCAAACCUGCAACUGCUGUAACUGGAGUUACAACCAAACCAACAACUGCUGCAACUGGAGUAACCACCAAACCAACAACUGCUGCAACUGGAGUUACCACCAAACCAACCAGUGCUGCAACUGGUGCAACAACUAAACCUACAACUCCUGCAACUGGUGUAACGACUAAACCUACAACUGCUGCAACUGGAGUUACCACCAAACCAACAACUGUUGCAGCUGGUGUGACAACUAGACCAACAACUGCUGCAACUGGUGUAACAACUAAAUCAACAACUGCUGCAACUGGAGUUACAACGAAACCUGCAACGGGAGUAACCACCAAACCAACAACUCCUGCAACUAGAUUAACCACCAAACCAACGACUGCUGCAACUGGAGUUACCACCAAACCAACAACUGCUGCAACUGGAGUUAGCACCAAACCUGCAACUGAAGUAACUACCAAACCAACAACUGCUGCAACUAGAGUAACCACCAAACCAACAACUGCUGCAACUGGAGUAACCACGAAACCAACAACUUUUGUAACUGGUGUGACAACUAAACCAACAACUGCUGCAACUGGAGUUACCACGAAACCUACAACUGCUGCAACUGGAGUUAGCACCAAACCUACAACUGCUGCAACUGGAGUUAGCACCAAACCUGCAACUGAAGUAACAACCAAACCUGGAACUGCUGUAACUGGAGUUGCAACCAAACCUGCAACUCGAGUUACCACGAAACCAACAACUGCUGCAACUGGUGUAACGACUAAACCUACAACUGCGGCAACUGGAGUUACUACCAAACCAACAACGGCUGCAACUGGAGUUACCACCAAACCUACAACUGCUGCAACUGGAGUUAGCACAAAACCUGCAACUGGAGUAACAACCAAACCUGCAACUGCUGCAACUGGAGUUAGCACAAAACCUGCAACUGGAGUAACAACCAAUCCUGCAACUGCUGUAACUGGAGUUACAACCAAAUUUGCAACUGGAGUUACCACCAAACCAACAACUGCUGCAACUGGAGUUAGCACAAAACCUGCAACCGGAGUAACAACCAAACCUGCAACUGCUGUAACUGGAGUUACAACCAAAUUUGCAACUGGAGUUAGCACCAAACCUACAACUGCAGCUACUGGAGUUAGCACCAAACCUGCAACUGCUUUAACUGGAGUUGCAACCAAACCUGCAACUGGAGUUACUACCAAACCAACAACUGCUGCAACUGGUGUAAGGACUAAAGCUACAACUGCUGCAACUGGAGUUACCACCAAACCUACAACUCCUGCAACUGGAGUUAGCACAAAACCCGCAACUGGAGUAACAACCAAACCUGCAACUGGAGUAACAACCAAACCUGCAACUGCUGUAACUGGAGUAACAACCAAACCUGCAACUGGAGUAACAACCAAACCUGCAACUGCUGUAACUGGAGUUACAACCAAACCUGCAACUGGAGUAACAACCAAAGCUGCAACUGCAAUAACAACCAAACCUUCAACUGGUGUGCCUGGCAUUGUUACGAAAUUGACAUCUGCCGCACCUGGUGUGAUCACUGCUUCGACUGCUCCUACUGUAAAGAUAACAACUGCUGCAACUGGAGUUACCACGAAACCUGCAACUGGUGUUACCACCCAACCAACAACUGCUGUAACUGGAGUUACAACCAAACCUGCAACUGGAGUUACCACCAAACCUACAACUGCUGCAACUGGAGUUAGCACAAAACCUGCAACUGGAGUAACAACCAAACCUGCAACUGCUGUAACUGGAGUUACAACCAAAUUUGCAACUGGAGUUACCACCAAACCAACAACUGCUGCAACUGGAGUUAGCACCAAACCUGCAACUGCUGCAACUGGAGUUACUACCAAACCAACAACUGCUGCAACUGGUGUAACGACUAAAGCUACAACUGCUGCAACUGGAAUUACCACUAAACCUACAACUGCUGGAACUGGAGUUAGCACAAAACCUGCAACUGGAGUAACAACCAAAUCUGCAACUGGAGUAACAACCAAACCUGCAACUGGAAUAACAACCAAACCUUCAACUGGUGUGCCUGGCAUUGUUACGAAAUUGACAUCUGCCGCACCUGGUGUGAUCACUGCUUCGACUGCUCCUACUGUAAAAAUAACAACUGCUGCAACUGGAGUUACCACGAAACCUGCAACUGGUGUUACCACCCAACCAACAACUGCUGUAACUGGAGUUACCACCAAACCAACAACUGCUGCAACUGGAGUUAGCACCAAACCGGCAACUGGAGUAACAACCAAACCUGCAACUGCUGUAACUGGAGUUACAACCAAACCUGCAACUAGAGUAACCACGAAACCAACAACUGCUGCAAUUGGAGUUACCACCCAACCAACAACUGCUGCAACGGGAUUUAUCACCAAACCAACAACUGUUGCAACUGGAGUAACCAAGAAACCAAAAACUGCUGCAACUGGUGUAACAACUAAACCUACAACUCCUGCAACUGGUGUAACCACCAAACCAACAACUGCUGCAGCUGGAGUUACCACCAAACCAACAACUGCUGCAACUGGUGUAACAACUAAACCAACAACUGCUGUAACUGGAGUUACAACGAAACCUGUAACUAGAGUAACCACGAAACCAACAACUGCUGCAACUGGUGUAACAACUAAACCUACAACUGCUGCAACUGGAGUUACUACCAAACCAACAACUGCUGCCACUGGAUUUACCACCAAACCUACAACUGCUGCAACUGGAGUUACCACCAAACCUACAACUGCUGCAACUGGAGUUAGCACCAAACCUGCAACUGGAGUAACAACCAAACCUGCAACUGCUGUAACUGGAGUUACAACCAAACCUGCAACUGGAGUUAGCACCAAACCUGUAACUGGAGUAACAACCAAACCUGCAACUGCUGUAACUGGAGUCACAACCAAACCUGCAACUGGAUUAACAACCAAACCAACAACUGCUGCAACUGGAGUAACAACAGGUGUGCCUGGCAUUGUUACGAAAUUGACAUCUGCUGCACCUGGUGUGAUCACUGCUUCGAAUGCUCCUAUUGUAAAAAUAACAACUGCUGCAACUGGAGUUACAACGAAACCUGCAACUGGAGUUACCACCCAACCAGCAACUGCUGUAACUGGAGUUACAACCAAACCUGCAACUGGAGUUACCACCAAACCAACAACUGCUGCAACGGGAGUUAUCACCAAACCAACAACUGCUGCAACUGGAGCUACCAAGAAACCAACAACUGCUGCAACUGGUGUAACAAUUAAACCUACAACUCCAUCAACUGGUGUAACGACUAAACCUACAACUGCUGCAACUGGAGUUACAACGAAACCUGUAACUGCCGUAACUGGAGUUACCACCAAACCUACGCCUGGAGUGAUCACAAAACUUUCUACUCCCAGAACUGGUAUUACCCCGAAACCUACAACUGCUGCAACAAAAAAACUGGGGACAGUCUCAACAGUCGCGCCGUCGAAAGUCACACCAAUACUCUGCCCGGGCGGGAUGGUGUUUACCAGCUGUGUACCAUCAUGUGAACCAUCUUGUCAGUAUCGUAAUACCAGUUGUAGUGCGGGUAAUGUUUGUGUAUCAGGAUGUACUUGUGAAACUGGUUUGGUUUACAAUGGUACUCAUUGCGUAGAACCUUCGGACUGCCCAUGUUACCACAACAAUAUAUUCCACAAAGCUGGUGCUACCUGGAGUCAUAACUGCAGUGAUUGUAUCUGCUGGGAAAACAAAGUGAUCUGUACUUUGAAAGUUUGUCCUUCAGUGACUUUCUGUCCAUCGCCACAAUACGAAGUUAGCAAGAAAAACUGUUGUGAUGUAUGUUCCCCGGUUUCUGUCCAAUUAACGACAUUUGCACCUACAACUGCAGUGGCAUGCAAGGAUGAUGGAUUCUUCUGUCCCUCUGAUAAAUCCUGCAUCCCAAAAUCAUGGUUAUGUGAUGGUUCCCUGGAUUGCUCAUUUGGGGAGGAUGAGAACAGUUGUAAGCAGGUUAUUCCCUGUAAUGAAAGUUUAGGGGCUGUACAAGCUUAUCCUAAUACUAGUUGGAGUAAACAAUUGUCAAACCGUGGAGCAACAUUGUACUGCCUACAGGAAUACAAUGAUAGUUUGUUGUUCCAUGCUGAUCUUGGUUUUAUCUCGAAAGUAACAAUGAUUGGCUCCGAAGUUAGAAUGAUCUCUUUAACUUACCAAAACUUUGACAUAAAGUACAGUACAAAUGGUAUCGCGUGGAGUACUUAUGAAGGAUGGAAUCUCACGGGCUCUGUUGGUGACCUCUCGCUGUUUAAGAUGAGGAAUCCAUUUAACGCUCGUUAUGUUCGUAUAAUACCAGAGCAUUGGAAUAUAUCUCUUUGCUCGCGCUAUGUCGUAUUUGGUUGUGUAAAUAUCACCGCUACCUUCGCUCCCACGACAAAACCCUGCUCGGGCUUCACCUGUAACAACAGUUUGUGUAUUAACCCGAAGUUACGUUGUGAUGGAAGCAAUGAUUGCGAGGAUAAUACAGAUGAAAUUGGAUGCCCGCCAGUCACGUGCUCUGAUAACCAAUUCACGUGCAAUAACAGUAAAUGUAUCGGGAUUAAUCACGUGUGUGACGGAGAUGAUGAUUGUGGUGAUGCAUCAGAUGAGAGUCCUGGAUGUGUAAAACCAACAUGUCCAUCCACGCAGUUCAUGUGCAACACAAGUCAUUGUGUACCUCUCCGAUUCCUAUGCGACGGUGAAAAAGAUUGUCCUGGCGGUGACGAUGAAGACCCGAAGAACUGUCCAACGACAACUCAACCGACAGCUUGCGAGUUUCUGUGUUCCGAUGGCACGUGCAUUCCAAAGACGCAAAUCUGCGAUUACUUCAAGGACUGUAACAACAGCAUGGAUGAAGCUAAUUGUACUUGUACUAACACAUCCCAAUGGCGCUGUUCACGAAGCCAGAAAUGUAUAUCCAUCAGUUAUAUCUGUGACGGAACGGAGGAAUGUCCCCGUGGAGAAGAUGAAGAGAAUUGUCCUACAAUAUUACCAACGACAAUUGCCUCAACUGCACCGAGCAUUUCAACAUCAGUAAAACCAGUUGAAAAUAUCACCACCGAAAUUUUCACGACCCUGCCUGUUACAACUUUACCAAUCACCACUCCGCCUCUGUGUGUGAGAGGAAACCAAUCGUACAAGGUUGGUCAAACUUGGAUUGAAAAUAAAUGCUUCAGGUGUCGUUGUCUCAAUGAUGGAUCAACUAACUGUACGAAAUUCUGUUCAAUUAUUUUUUGUCCAACGGGUCAAGUGCUGGCGUCGUCGUCAAUUGAAUGUUGCAACUGUCAGGUCGGUACCACUACCAGGCCUGUGACAACCAUACCAGUAUCAACAGUUCCCAUCACCACAAAGCUCACAAAAGCUAAAACAAUACCAACAACAAUCUCAACGCCGUCCAUUACAACAAAAGUUCCUGUUAUUCAAUGCGUUAAUGUGACUUGUUCCUGUCCGCAAACGUGUGCUGACAUAGCUCGUGGCUCAGAUAACUGCAGUACUUCUGAAUGUGAACCCGGUUGUCAAUGUCCAUCUGGAACUGUUUUGGAGAAUGGCAUUUGUACGAACGCAACUACAUGUCCAUGUUAUCAUGAGGGUAGAGUUUAUGAGUUUGGAGACUCCUACAAUAAAGAUGUUUGUAUUACCUGUAUGUGUUUAAGUGAUGGAUUCUCGUGCCAAAAAAAAUGCAACAAAACUUGUCUACCGAGUGAAGAACUUGUCACCCUACCAGACCAAUGCUGUUAUUGUAGACAAAAAUGCCGUUCCGAUAUGAUUUACAAGCAAUGCAGUUGCCCAGUUACUUGUGAAAAUACAACAUGCGAUUCUACGCAUUGUAAACCUGGCUGUGAAUGUCCAAGUGGUAAAUAUGAUGACGGUUCUGAGUGCGUGGAAAGAAAAGAUUGUUACUGUAUUAUCGAUGGAAAACAGGUUGAGAGUGGUGAAGUAUGGACAGAAGGAGAAUGUUCCACGUGUUCCUGUACUGAUGGCGAAGAACUGUGUAACAAGACAUGUAACAUAACCACUUGUCCGACGGGUUAUAAACUAGUCCACCCUCUUGACAGCUGUUGUAUGUGUAUUAAAUUACCCACUACAAUCCCGACAACACCAGCCGCUACACAGCCUCCCGCAUGUUUCGACAAUGGAACGUUGAAGAAGCUCGGUGAAUCGUGGUCAAAUGAUCUCUGUGAAAAUUGCACUUGUGAAGAAAACAACCAAGUAAAAUGCAUUUCAACGACAUGCCCGACUGUCUGUCCGAAGGGUUGCAAAGCACAACAAAUCCCGGGACAAUGCUGCAACGAAUGUGUUCCACUUUCCUACACCACAAUUUGCAAAGAUAAUGGCACCGUUUAUCAUGCUGGAGAAUCAUGGAAACCAGAUCCUUGCCAGAAUUGUUCUUGUUCUUCAGAGGGCAAAGUGACGUGCCGUAUUGAACAAUGUCUACAAAACUGUCCAGUGGGUUUUGAACGCCGUCAUCUACCUGGUCAAUGCUGUCCUAAAUGUGUUCCAGUCGCUAUGUGUACAGCAAUGAGAAUCAGCACGGUAAUCACGGAUCAUAAUGGUUGUACCAGUAGAAAUGCUACUGCAUCCUUCUGUAAUGGACCAUGCAAUUCGAACGGAACUGUUUCGAUUAUUGGUAAUCUGACCAUCGUCUCAACAUGUCGCUGCUGCAAACCUUCAUCCCUAGCACGAGAUUUAACGCAAAUGGUGUGUCCUGAUGGAUCCAGUUAUGUUCAUUAUUACCCUGUUAUCCAACAAUGUUUGUGUACCAGAUGCGGCGCUGAAACAACCAAUGAAAUGACUCAACUACUGCAUUUGAUCACUCAAGAAAACCAAGGAUGAAACCUAUUUUUCAAAUAACAAAAAGACUCAAAAAUCCAGAAAAAAUAGACUAAUUUUACUAAUUUUACUUAGAAAACAUUUCUAUUUAGUGAUUAUUGUAAUGCAAUUAAUGACUAGGAAUUAUAACAUAGCCAAUAAUUAAAUAUAAAGUACCAAAAUUGUAUUUAAAAUACGUUCAAUAUAUCAAUACCUAGUAGAGCUACUGCGUAUGCAGUGAAAUAGAGUAAGUAGAAAUUUAUUUAUAAAGUGAAGUUCAAGUUAAUUAUGCAUCAUAGCUGAUUGUAUGCUGGCGUACAAAAUUAAGCUACAAAAAUUAUA